UGACAAUCUGCACGCGUGCGCAAGGUACAUCGAGAGGCCGCUACUCAUCGGAGGUUUCAAGUGUGACUUUCGAGUGUAUGUAUUGGUGGUCAGUGUGCACCCACUGAAGGUUUACAUCUACUGUGAUGGUCUAGUGAGGUUUGGGACGAGCCGGUAUGACCUUGCCACAUUAUCGGACAAGUUCUCGCAUCUCACCAACAGCUCGAUAAAUAAAUUAUCACCAACGCUUGCGACUGAUAAACACGAAAUAGGCCCGGGGUGUAAAUGGGAGUUCAAGCAACUAGAAGCACAUUUCCGUUGUAACAAAGUGGAUGAUAAGUUUAUGUGGUGCAAGAUAAUCAAUCUUGUGAAUGCAACACUAAUCCCGACGGUGCCUUGCAAUUCUGGUCGGCAGAAUUACUUUGAACUUUUCGGCUUCGACGUGGUUGUUGAUGAAACGAUGCGCCCAUGGCUAAUAGAAGUGAACUGCUCACCAGCACUCCAAGUUGAUUGUUCUGUUGAUGAGGCUGUGAAAAGGCCGCUGAUUGAAGACCUUGUGGACGUUGUCUACCAUCCUGAUGUGAAUUCGCCAAGUUAUG